AGUGGAACUGAUUGCUCACGCUUCCGGUUUCGAUACGGACGCUAGUAUGCGACGCACCAGUAAGCUGUCAAAAAUCUUAAACUUAAAAAUGCGGUUUUUGCACGUACGUGCACAUUUUUUGACGUUGUAGAGGAAGAUCGAUUACAAGGAACGAAUGCUUCUCAUGCCCCCUUAAUCAACCUCAUCUACCAUUCAUUUCCAUAAGGGUGUUAUCAAAGAUCGAGUGUUUUGUGUUUUUGAGUAAAGCAUGGAGAGAUUCGAGGUUUAUAUCUUCACUGCUCUGUGCAGCGUUAACUUUCUGAUUUCAUGCCUUCUGUUCUCUAAAAUCACACGGGAACAGAGAGAGCCGUACAUGGAUGAGAUAUUCCAUGUUCCUCAAGCCCAGAAGUACUGCGAGGGGAAGUUUAACGAGUGGAAUCCGAUGAUCACCACUCUUCCCGGGUUGUAUCUGGCCUCGGUGGGUCUGAUCAAGCCGGUGGUGUGGUUAGCUGAUCUGAAGGGCAGUGUGAUCUGCUCCACUGCCAUGCUGAGAUUCAUCAAUCUGCUCUUUAACAGCGGGAAUCUCUACAUAAUCUACCUGCUCAUCUGCAGACUUCACGUGAAAGAUAAGUCCCGUUCCGCCGCUCGUCGAAUGUUCUCCGCCCUGGCUCUGUCCACUUUCCCGGUGCUGUACUUCUUCACCUUCCUGUACUACACCGACGCUGGCUCCACAUUCUUCACCCUCUUCAUGUACCUCAUGACGUCGUACGGAAGCCACAAAGCGGCGGCGCUUCUCGGGGUCUGCGCCAUUCUCUUCCGACAGACCAACAUCAUCUGGGUGGCGUUCUGUGCCGGCACCGUGGUGGCUCAAAAAAUGGACGAGACGUGGCGGACCGAACAGUCGAAGAAGAGAGACGAUAAGCUACCUUCUCAGGUCCCCCUAACCAUCAGCGGGGCAACGAGAGUGAUGCGUUUCCUGUUGGAAUUCCUCAAAACGCCCAACAAUAUAAAAGCCACGGUCUUGUCGACGUGGCCGUAUAUUGCCGUAGCCGUGCUUUUCGCCGUUUUCCUUGUGCUGAAUAACGGGAUCGUGGUUGGAGAUCGUAGCAGUCACGAAGCAUGUCUGAACUUUCCUCAGCUUUUCUAUUUCCUGUCGUUUGCUCUUAUGUUUUCUCUUCCCACCUCGCUGAGUUACCAAAAGGCAGUCAGGUUUCUGCAGUCUUUAAGAAAGCAGCCCUCGGUUUAUGCCGCGCUGGUGACGCUCUUCCUGCUUUUAGCCUGGAAAUUCACGUUUGUUCACAAGUACCUGCUUGCGGACAACAGGCACUUCCCGUUUUACGUGUGGAAAAGGAUUUUCCAGAGACACGAGCUUGUCCGUUUCCUGUUGGUCCCUGGAUACGUGUUUGCGGCAUGGAACUUUCUAGAUGCUCUGAGGUCCAGGUCGUUGUUCUGGUUCCUGGUUUUCUCCACGUGUUUGCUGGGGGCCACCGUUCCACAGAAACUCCUGGAGUUCCGGUAUUUUAUACUUCCGUAUCUGUUGUAUCGCGUCCACAUCCCGAUACCGUCUUUACCCAGACUGCUGCUCGAGUUUGGCCUCUACACCGCGGUUAACGCGGCUACGGUUUACGUGUUUGUCUAUAAAACAUUUCAGUGGCCCAACAGCACUGCUGAGCAAAGAUUCAUGUGGUGACAAAAAUAUGAAACGCCAUUUUCUAUCCACCGAGGAAAAGGAGUGACGUUUUCACUAUUUAUCAAUAAUCAAAAUAGUUGUACUUCACAAUGGAACGCCACGCCGUUGCUGUACUGUUGAGCCAUGCUCCAUUUUGAAUUUUUAUGUUAUCUAGUUUGUUUGAAGCCACUGGUCAUAUUAAGUCGUUCGCAAAUGUAUGGGCAAGGAUUUAGUUUUAGUUCAUUUUGUAUACUAUGUAAUACGUAUGUGUGCAGUUACUGUUAAAUGUAAUCAUUCCGACCCAACCAGAAUUGAUUUUUGUUGUCAUUUUUGUUGUAAUAGUCGUUCACCUCAUGUUUGUGUAUUAAAUAUUAUUUAAGUUCACUUAAUUCAGAUAAUUAUUAUGGUGGCUGUUGUUCACGGUGUAGUCUUACAUUUACAUUCGUUUCAUUUUCGUCUCAUUUCUUCGUGGUUUCAAAAUUUCAACGUUAAUUUCUCAUUGUAAAUGAUUUGCGUCCGUGCUGUUUGUGUUUCACUUACUUCUUUUCAAUAUGAAUUAAAUUCCUUUUGUUACAUAAA